UGGUUAAGUCCAGGUCUCCAAUCGAACCCAAGGAAAAGUCAAUCGGCGGAAUCACGUUUUACGGGCUCCCACAAAGGGGCGGAGAAGACGGAGCCGACGACGACAAAACAGAAAGAGGUCUCGCUCCGGCCACCGCGAAGAAAGGCGGCGCAGCGGCCGAGGAGAGGAGAGAAAUGGGGAAGAGAUUCGCGAGGGCGGCGGCCGUAGCGGGGGCGGUGGCGCUUGUGGUGGGGGCUUGCCGGCGUUACGGAUGGGACGGCGAGGCGGUGCUCCUUGCUUUCCGGGAUCUCUCGGAGAGGCUAGGGAUGUGGGCGAUCCCUCUCUACGUGACGGCCCACACCAUGACCCUGGCCCUCUGCCUCCCCUACGCCGUCUUCUUCGAGGCCGGCGCCUCGCUCCUCUUCGGCUUCCUCCCCGCCGUCCUCUGCGUCUUCACCGCCAAGGUCCUCGGCGCCUCCCUCUCCUUCUGGAUCGGACGAGCAGUUUUUAGGAGUUCAAAAUCUGCAAUGGAAUGGGCGCAAAGAAGCAAAUACUUCCAUCUCCUGGCUAGAGGAGUUGAACAGGAUGGCUGGAAAUUUGUACUUCUUGCUCGGUUCUCACCUUUGCCAUCCUAUGUCAUCAACUACGCUUUGGCGGCCACAAAAGUUGGUUUUCUGAUUGAUUUUCUUCUUCCUACAGUUAUUGGCUGCCUGCCAAUGAUUCUACAGAACACAUCUAUCGGCAGCCUUGCCGGUGCUGCUGUAGCUUCCACCAGUAGCUCCAAAAAAUCUCAGAUCUACUCGUAUCUUCUCCCUCUACUUGGCAUAGCUUCCAGUAUUCUCAUCUCUCUAAGGAUCAAAAAGUACUCCUCUGGGUUUGCGGUAGCUGAAGAACAUAAGCAAUCAUCAUCCAGUCAGAAUGGUGAUGGGGUUGAUAAUGCUGUGCACUCAUCAUCCAAUAAAAAAGUGACUGGCAGUGCAAAUAAAAGAAAGUGAUUUAGUCUUUUCUAUUUUUACUUUCUUAUUGGAGAAAAUCUCCAUUCAAAAUUAGGAUUAUUUCAAAUUUGAAAUUCAAAUUAAAAUCUCCUUGUCCUUGGUCCACUUAGAAGUUAUCUUGCUAUGCUUGGUGCCUUUAUUUUCCUGCAGCAUUUUGUAGUUACGUACAUCAUCCGAGUUGUUCCUUUUCUUCUUGUUCUCAUUUCUUUGCACAUUUAUCCAUAUUGAUGUUCUCAUCA